AUGAUUUUAUAUUUUAAGCAAGGGCAGCCAGCUCCUUGUUUCUCUAAGAGAAGUGAAGACUGCUUCCAUCUUGUGCCAUGACAAACAGAUUUGCUCCCUAAUUGUCUCCAUAAUUCUCCACAGCUCAUCUUAGGUUGCUCCGCAUACCUUGCAACUUCCAUGUUGCAAAUCAUGCUUCCUCCCCAGGGUUUGGAGUAUUAUGAAAGCAGUCUUAUGAAUGUGGAAUGAGUUCAAUGGUCCUCUUCGCAGAUCAGAUUCGCAAUCCUGAAAUCUUUUUCUUGCAGGCAUGGGUACCAAACUCGAAUUCACAAUAAAUCCAUUAGCAAAUUCCUCAAAGAGCAACAGCUUUACUCUGCACUGCGUGGAUGACUGGAGCAAUUUUAGUAAAACAGGGCUGAUACUCAAGGAGAGCUGUCAGAAUUCCAUGGAUAGGAACAGGAUGCUUGAGAGACACAACAUGGAGGACAUUAGAAGGACAAUACAAGAGCAGGAAGAUGUCUUCAAACACCAGGUGCGAGAACUCCACAGGCUGUAUAGUGUUCAGAGGAUGCUGAUGGAUGAAUUAAAGAUGGAAAUCAAAAAGAACAAAUUGUGGAAUCCGGGGACAAGUUCUGGCAUUAAUUUCCAUUUUCAAGGUCUGAAAGAUGAUCCAAGUUCCAGAGAGAGGAGUGGCAGUUGUUCUGGGGACACCAUGAGAAUGGUAAGCGGCUUUGAUCUGGAAAGGCCGGCGGUGGCAGGGGGACCGGAUGAAGAUAUGUCAGGUGAAGUCAGUGCCGUUGACGACCAAGCAGGGCCAAGACCUACAGAUUUUCACAGAAGUACCCAGAUGAGCCUUGACGACUCUGAUGAAGAAAAUGAGGUAGAGCUGACACUGAGCAUCGGCAACAGCUCCGGGAAGAAAAGGGCCAAAAAGUCCGAGAAGGGAAUCGUCAGGGAGGUGGAUUUUCCGGUGUCAUUGAAGUCAGAUAAAGAAGGGAAUUGCAGCGGUAUCACUACUCCAAGAAGCAGCUCUAGUGCGACAUUGGAUCAAGAAACAAAGCAGCCGCAUUGGCUUUUCCAAGGUUUAAGCAUAAACAGGACAUGAGGAACUCUCAUGGCUCAAUGACUUUUUCUAAUUUAGACGUAAUAAUUGUACAAUCCAAUC